GGCCCCGUCCUGCUGUCCCGGCGCCAUGCGGGCGGUGCUGGGGCUGGGGCUGCUCUGCCUCUGGCUCCUGCGCCCCGCCGAGCCCUGGUACCGGCUGCCGGGCGGGCCGCGCCUCUACUCGGUGGGCAGAGCCGCGGGGCUGCUCUCCGGGUUCCGCCGCGCCCCGCCCGCCCGCCGCUCCCACACGGACGGGCCCGCCGAGCGCGGCCCCGGCGCGCCGCUCCCCGCCGCGGCGUCCUGUGUGACGGAUGUGGCCCCGGAGCCGCAGAGCUGCCGGCUGCUGCCCGGAGCCCCCGGCGCUCUCCGGUGCAGGGCGGACGUGACAGUGUCCUUGGACCCCGGGGAAUGCGCAGCUGCCUGAGCCGGCACCGGUGGCUCCGCAGUGACAAUAAAAGUGCUUCGGCUGC